AGAGCCGGCUAUAGGAAACGGGUCCCUAUUGGCCCCAAGACGCAGCUAGGACUCGCAUGUUUUCUCUUCGGUGUACAGCAUCCUCUGUCGAACUACGGAUACGCCUUGACAGGUGCUCACUUAGUGGCAGACUUAUUCUUCUUCCACCAUUAAGAAUCUGAAAACAAUUAGUUUCCCGUGGAGUAAGUACAGUGGUUUGUGGAAUUCUUAUUUUAAGUGGACGGCAACUAAAAACGUGCCAUGAUCCAAACACAAACGUAAACCAUCUUAAACUAAACGUAUAUGAAUAGAAAAUCAGAAUUCUAUGCAAUGUAGGUAAGUUGCGUUUUUCUAGGCUUAUUAUGUUUUCAUUUUUUUUUAUGCACUUUUUUGACAUUGUGUACCUCGACGACCUGUCGCUUGUGGUCCAUCACCGAUUUAAAGUGCACUGUGCCGAGCCUAGCUCUCCCAGUCGGGUGCCUGUGCUAACGAGCUCCGGCUCAUUCCCAUUUUGGGGAUUUACCCCGGGGCGCUCUGACCACUGAACGGACCACUGAGGCUCCAGCAUCCGAGGAUUAUCAUCUACUGGCUGCCUUCAUUUAUGAUAUCUCGGCUGAGUGGGCUAUCAACAACCGUGGACUUCGAGAAUAUUAACGGUUUAAAGAGCUCUAUAAAACAUUCGCUUGUUUUCCUCCUGACCAACAACUAUGCGCGGAGAUUGUUGAUUAGACCUAAACCCGCAAACACUUCAGAAAUCAAAUAUUCCCUGCACAACAGUAGGCUUGAGGUAAGGCUGUUUUUCACAUACAAAACAUAUCUGUACAGUAGAUGUUUUAAUGGACUAUAUAAAGCAUAGUCUUCAAAUACAUCUUUCAACGGUCUAAAAUAAAAGUGUGAAUGUGAUUUGUGUUCGGUUUUUAUUAUUGUAUUUAUUUAUCCUUGUCCUAUUGUUUGUGUAUUGUAGAAUAACUGACCGGUGACAUGACUGUCACCUACACUGCCCAAGUGGCUAACGCGCGCUUCUGUGGCUUCUCCAAACUGCUGCUGGCUUGGAGGGGAAGCAUCUACAAGGUCUUGUGGAAAGAAUUCCUGGCUUUCUUUGCCAUGUACACGGCAAUCAGUGUCACUUACAGAUUCCUCCUCUUUGAAGACCAGAAGAGGUAUUUUGAGAAACUUGCAAUUUACUGCAACCAUUACGCCAGUCUCAUUCCCAUGUCUUUUGUGCUAGGUUUUUACGUGACACUGGUGGUGAACCGCUGGUGGAGUCAGUACACCCGCAUCCCAUUACCUGACCGCCUGAUGUGCGUACUCUCGGGUGGCCUGCAGGGCGUGGACGAGCGCGGGCGGCUUCUGCGACGCACCAUGAUGCGAUACGCCAGUCUCUCCGCUAUAUUAAUUCUGCGCUCUGUCAGCACUGCAGUGUUCAAGCGCUUUCCGACGAUGGACCACGUCGUGGAAGCAGGGUUUAUGACCAGGGAGGAGCGGAAGAAGUUUGAGAGUCUCCAGUCCCCUUAUAACAAGUACUGGAUGCCCUGUGUGUGGUUCACUAACCUGGCUGCUUUGGCUCGUUGUGAGGGCAGAAUUAAGGACGACAGCACCCUCAAACUAGUGCUGGAGGAGCUGAAUCUUUUUAGAGGGAACUGCAGUAUGCUUUUCCAUUACGACAUGAUCAGUGUGCCACUGGUCUAUACUCAGGUGGUGACGUUGGCUGUAUACAGUUUCUUCUUCGUGUGUCUAAUAGGGCGUCAGUUCCUGGACCCCUCACAGGGUUACCAAGGUCACGACCUUGACCUGUACAUCCCCAUCUUCACUCUGCUACAGUUCUUCUUCUAUGCUGGCUGGCUCAAGGUUGCAGAGCAGUUGAUUAAUCCCUUUGGGGAGGACGAUGAUGACUUUGAGUCCAACUGGUUAAUCGACCGGAACUUCCAGGUCUCAAUGAUGGCAGUGGAUGAAAUGUAUGGGGACUUGCCCAUAAUGGAAAAAGACCGUUACUGGAACGACUCCAACCCCCGUCCUCCCUACACCACCGCCACCCUGUUCAAGCUGCGCAAACCCUCCUUCCAGGGCUCGACCUUUGACAUGGCGAUCCCCAAAGAGGAGAUGCACUUUGCGCCCCUGGCUGGCAUCUCUGAGAACGUGGAGUCUGAGGGUGGGGGGCGCCACCCGAACCUGGCCCUGUUCAACCGCCUGCUGUCCACCGCGCCGUCCCCUACCGCUUUCAUGGGAGGCGCGCUGCGUCGCACCUCCGCCCAGCUUCAGAGGUUCCGUCGCCCGUCUGGGAUGUACCCCCACUCUUUCAGUGAUGAAGAGGGUGAGGAUGAAGAAGGAGGGAAGACUUUGGGGCUUCCUGGGGGUUCUCUGCCUUCUGUUCUGGGGCUGGAUACACAGAGUACCAUAUGUAGUUGUGGAGGUGGGGUUAAUGCCAGGACACCACUCAUCGAAGUACAGUUUGGGUUUGGGUCGGAGAGUCGUGUGGAUGCCCUCCAAAGCCAAGGAGAAUUGACGGAGAAAGAAGAGGAUGACGAAGAUGAUGAUGAUGGCGUGAGGUCAGAGAAAGGGAAGAUGGAUGAAUUGAACAAUGAUACUGAGAGAGAUAUCCAAAGACCUGUGUUCCUGCUCCCCCCACCGCUCCAGCCUUCCAGAGACCCCAGUCAAACCCCCAGCAGCCAACCCCAGAAUAAGACACCACGAUCGGCCUCAACCACACCCUCCGGCCCCCUGGGCCCAAGCAUCGUCCAUGCCCGUCCCGCAGCCCUGUCCAGCCAAGACCUCUUCAUCUCCGAACCAAUCGCGGACCAGGCGGUGCCAGUCGCCGCCAUUCCCAGACCUCCCAUUGGCGGCGCCAAGAUGUCCCUCCUCGCCGUUCCUUCCUACCACGACCCGCGACGGCAUCGGAGCGUCAGUGUGGGAUCCGAGUCCCAGUCGACUCUGACGCUGGAAAUCGCGCCGUGUUCUGGCCAGAGUUAGUGUACCGUCAGGGAAUAGGAGACCAUGUCAGAUGAAGACCACGAUUGAGGAGAGACGCUGGACACUCCUGUCCAAUAGGGGCCUGACUGUAGUAACAUAAGCUCUGUGAUAGGUUCCUGUAAUUGGCUAAUGAAGCCAAUGGCUCCGCUAGGUAUCAAGUGGAGAGACUUAAUGUAGAGUGGGUUGGUCAUAGGACAUCCACUGAUCUGUAAAUCAUCUGCAUGAGCUUAAUGUUAGUAAGAUGCACCUGCUACCACCUACAAAUAGUUCACACAGAUUGUGUGAAGUUGGUCUGUAAUCCAUACUGGGCUUCAGUUAUGUGGGCACCUAUGACAAAGAUGAGCAGAUGUCAGUGUCGUUGUUGAUUACAAUGCACCUCGAUAUCAAUGGUAUUCAAAUCAUCUUACACUGUAAAUGUAUAGAUUUGAUUGAUUUUUUCCACUUUGUUCGUUGUUAGAAACUAUAAUGUAAUGGAAAUAAAAGUCUUACAACAGA